AUGCGUUUCUCGAUCGUCGCCGCUGCGCUUGCAGCUGCUCCUGCAGUUGUCUCGGCUGCUGAGAAGGGAAAGAUGGGAUGGGCCCUUGGAACGAAGAUGGGAAGCGGAGAGUGCAAGACGCAGGCAGACUACUCGGCCGACCUCAAGGCUAUCAAGGAUAACUCUGGCUCAACCAUUGUUCGUGGUUACUCUGCUUCGGACUGCGAUAUGGCUAAGACCGCCCUCCCGGCCGCCAAGUCCGCAGGCUUCAAGGUCGUUCUGGGUAUCUGGCCCGAUGUCGAGGAGUCCUUCAACAAGGACCUCAAGGCCAUUACGGACGUAGCCCAGCAAUACGCCGACACCAUCUACGCCGUGACCGUCGGCUCCGAGACACUCUACCGCGGCAACUUCACCGGCGAGGAGCUCGCCGGCAAGAUCAAGACGGUCAAGUCCAAGCUGCCCUCCGGCAUCAAGGUCGGCACAGCAGACUCGUGGAACAAGUUCGCCGACGGAACCGGUGAUGCCAUCAUCGGCACCGCCGACAUCAUCAUGGUCAACGCUUUUGCCUUCUGGCAGGGCGCCAGCCGCGACAACGCUACCCACGUCUACCUCGACGACAUGUUCCAAGCCACCGCACACAUCGAGAAAAUGGCCGGCGGCCGCGAAAAAGCACCCGAGAUCUGGACUGGCGAGACUGGCUGGCCCACGGCCGUUGGCACCGACUACGACGAGGCCAAGGGCGGUCUGGACAACGCAAAGCACUUUUACCAAACCGGUUUCUGCGCGCUGCUCGACUGGGGUUUCAACGGCUUCUACUUUGAGGCGUUCGAUGAGCCGUGGAAGCCUGCGUCCAUUGGUGAUAAUGGAAAGGUCGCUGAUGAGACGACUUGGGGUGCUAUGACUGCGGACCGCAAGACUAAGUUUGAUCUCAAGUGCGGUGUUAAGGCUUAG